AUGAAUACUCAAGGAAAUUUAACAACAUUAUCAUCAUCACCAUCAUCUGCUGCUAUAUCAACAAUAAAUAUUGAUAAACAUGAACCCGAUCCAGAUGCUAUUAAAAUGUUUUGUGGUCAAAUUCCACGUAAUAUGCAUGAAUCAGAAUUACGUGAAAUGUUUGAACAGUUUGGUCCUGUCUUUCAAUUAAAUGUUUUACGUGACAAACAAACUGGUGAAUCAAAAGGUUGUUGUUUUGUUACAUUUUAUUCUCGAAAAUCAGCAUUAGAUGCACAAAAUGCUUUACAUAAUUUACGUACAUUAAAUGGUAGUCAUCAUCCAAUACAAAUGAAACCAGCUGAUACAGAAAAUCGAAAUGAAAGAAAAUUAUUUGUUGGAAUGGUAUCAAAAAAUUUAGACGAACAAAGUAUUCGUGCACUUUUCCAAUCAUAUGGAAUUAUUGAAGAUUGUACAGUAUUACGUGAUGCCAAUGGCAAAAGUCGAGGAUGUGCUUUUGUUACUUUUCAAAAACGUCAAUGUGCUUUAAAUGCAAUUAAAUCAAUGCAUCAAUCUCAAACUAUGGAGGGUUGUUCUUCUCCACUUGUUGUUAAAUUUGCUGAUACACCAAAAGAUAAAGAAACAAAAAAGAUUCAACAACAAUUUACUACUCAUAAUAAUGGUCUUAUACAGCAUAUGACUCCAGGAAAUUCAUUGCCUAAUCUUCAACAUAUGAACACGUAUAAUUUUUUACCUGAAAUAAGUAAUUUAGUAUUUCUUCAACAAUUAUUAAAGAAUUAUGGUUUUCUUAAUAAUAAUGGCACUUCUAUAAAUUUUGCUGCAUUAAACAGUCUUCUACAAAUGUUUGCAAGUAAUAUGAAUUUGAAUGGUAAUAAACCACCUCUUCUAGCACCUCCACCACCUGGUACAUCAUCAAAUAUGACUAUAAGUUCUCAACAUAGUAGUAAUCAAUCUUUAAAUAUUCAAGAACAACAACAACAUACAAUGAAUUCACCUCGACCACCGCCUCCUCCUCCUAAUCCAAAUAGUGGCACUUAUAAUAAUGAAUCUUCAUCACUUAUGUGUGGAUCAAGUGCAUAUAGCAGUAAUACACCAAAUCCUAAUAAUAGUAAUGGUCCACCAACAAAUCAUCAUAAUCAAAAUGGUGGUUUAACAUCAUCUGCUCCUACACCUAGUAAUGGACCUUAUCCACCUACGAUGCCUUCAAUCUAUGCUAAUAGUAGUAGUCCAUUAUCAAAUGCUGGUGCAGAUGCUCAUCAUAAUUUACAAAAUCUUGUUGCUAUGUCACAAAUUAACAAUGGAGGUCUUUUACCAACUAAUAUACAUCCAAGUCCAACUGCAAAUUCACCUGUAGCACCAGCUUCUUUUUCUGUCUUUCCAUCCCCAACAUAUAUGACUUCUCAAGUAGCUGGCAAACAUACUGAAGGUCCUGAUGGUGCCAAUCUAUUUAUAUAUCAUCUUCCACAAGAAUACAGUGACUCAGACUUAGCUCAAGCUUUUGCACCUUAUGGACCAAUUAUAUCAGCUAAAGUAUUUGUUGAUAAAACAACAAAUCGUAGUAAAUGUUUUGGUUUUGUAAGUUAUGAUAAUCCAUCAUCAGCACAAGCAGCAAUUAAUCAAAUGAAUGGUUUUCAAAUUGGUAUGAAACGAUUGAAAGUUCAAUUAAAAAAACUUCGAACUAAUAUUAAUGAUACCACUACUAAUAACAUUAACAAUUCAAAUCCAAAUCAGACUCAAGUAGCAGCUAGUAAUAGUCCAAUUAAUCAUAAUGGAAAUUCACCACCAACAACAAAAACAACGUCAUAUUAA